AUGGCACCAACACCUUGUGCUAUUUGCAAAAGCGCCAGAGCUCUGAUUAUACGACCGAAGAACCAUCAAAAAUUAUGUAAAGCCUGUUUUAUCGCUAUCUUUGAAGCAGAAAUUCAUCAUACCAUCACCUCGACAUCACUCUUCUCACCGGGGGAUCGAAUAGCAAUAGGAGCAUCCGGAGGAAAAGAUUCGACGGUGCUCGCCUCUGUUCUUAAAACUCUUAACGAAAGAUAUAAUUAUGGACUCGAGCUAGUUUUACUGAGUAUCGACGAAGGAAUAAAAGGUUACCGCGAUGACUCUCUCGAAACAGUCAAGCGAAAUGCGAUUCAAUACGAAAUGCCCCUCAAAAUUGUAGGAUAUGAUGAAUUAUAUGGAUGGACCAUGGACCAAGUCGUCGAAACGAUAGGCAAGAAGGGAAAUUGUACAUAUUGUGGUGUGUUUCGCAGACAAGCUUUGGAUCGAGGGGCGAAAAUGCUAGGUAUCAAACAUGUGGUUACUGGACAUAAUGCGGAUGAUGUCGCAGAGACUAUUUUGAUGAAUCUGCUACGCGGAGAUUUACCUAGGUUGGCAAGAAGUACUAGUAUUGUUACUGGCGACGAAUCGAGCGAUGUGCGCAGAAGCAAACCGCUGAAGUAUGCCUAUGAGAAGGAGAUUGUGUUGUAUGCGCAUCAUAAAAAGUUGGAUUAUUUCAGUACCGAAUGUCUAUACAGUCCCGAGGCUUUUAGAGGUAGUGCGCGGAGUUUGAUCAAGAAUCUAGAAAGAGUUAGACCUAGUGCGAUUCUAGAUGUUGUGCGCAGUGGAGAAGACAUGGCAAAAUUAGUACCAUCAGAAGUUACCGGAAUAAGUCACUGCAAGAGCCAAAAAGUUUCAUUGGCUGCCACAAAUGACGAGGAAGAAGGAAACGGAGGCUGUGGAACUAAUGGUCGAUCAAGUGGAGGUGAGAUGGCGGAUAUGGAAAAGAAACUCCAAGAAGACGAAGAAGCCUCGGGAAGAGAAAUCGACGUAGCAUCAAUCGCAUCGAAUACAACCAACAGCCAGGGUCACGAUAGAAUAGACAAAUUCGAAGCCCGAAGAGGAGCCAAGAAGGAUGGUCGUAAACUCACAAAACAAACACUAGGGAAGUGUAAGAAAUGUGGAUAUAUGUCCAGUCAAGAGAUUUGUAAAGCAUGUGUUUUACUAGAGGGAUUGAAUAAGAAUCGACCAAAGAUGGAGAUAGAAGUAGAUGUAGAGGAUGAAGAAGAGAGCUCCACGCUUAGAAGGAGAAUGGAAGGGUUGGCUCUCGCGGCUGGAUAG